AUGUCGCAAUUGAGCUCGGCCCCACGCUUGAAGCCCGAUGUCCGCCUCGCCCAGGCUGUAUCACAGUUCGAGGCCGAACUGUCCAAUGAGCAAAAAGCAAGUUUCCGUGCCUGGAGAACUAAAUCAAUUGAGUCUCCCCCUGGUAUCCAAGAUGUCAUGCAACUCACAGCCGAGAUUGAUCGUGUCUCCGAGAAGCGACGCCGGUGCUUGGGACCGCGACUUAUGAACGUCCUACAAGCUACUCAGCAAUUCGCUGCUUUAGGGGAUGUCAUAGUCGGUGGAUCUCAGAAUCUGCUUGCGUGUGGUGUCUGGUCAGUAGUGCGAAUAUCGCUCCAACUAGUCCUCGACUUUUCCUCCUAUCUUGAGCAAUUAUCGAAUAUAUUCAUGACUGUUGGGCGUCUUGCCCCUCGUUAUGAGAAGAUGGCUUUACUUUAUCCUCGGUCAAAAGAUUUACAAUCUUGCCUCUGUGAAUAUUUUAUAUUGAUCGUACGUCUUUGCCAUGAGACGAUCACUUUUACACGCAAGUCAAUCUUUGGGAAAUUGAGGGCAUCCGCGCUUGGUGACUCGGACCUGAAGACAUACCAAUCAGAGCUUGAGUCCUGGGGAAAGACUAUCAAAGCCGAAGUCGGCUUCUUGAUGGCCAAGGGAAUUGAGGACGAGGCAGAAAACAACUCGCGGUUUAGAACAGUCUCAUCGAUAUUCCAGAAAUCAACCGCGUAUCAGCAAGCCAUUCAAACGAAACAGCGAGUUCUUGAUUUCUGCUCGCAGUACGACUGCACAGUAUCCUGGAAACAGGCUCGAAAAUCCGGCAACACUAAUCUGUUCCGGGAGAGCGCCCAGUAUCAAAAUUGGAAAAGUAUGCCUCUUUCUUCCACGCUCGUCUAUACUGGGAAGUUAGGCUCCGGGAAGUCUGUGCUUCUCGCCAAUAUAGUGGACGAUCUCCACAUCCAGAAUGAAACGCCCCAUGUGGCAUAUUUCUUUUGCCGACAUGAUGCGUCUGAGACUCUUAAAGCGCGGGAAGUCAUUGGCUCCUUAGCUCGUCAGUUGUUAUACCCUAUAUCAGACUUCACGGCUGCCGCGGAAUACUUGGACAGGACGCAUCGGCGCGAACCGAUAGAAAGGAUAAUGGGACUUCUUACAAGUUUUCUUACUCCUCUUCGUAAGACAAGGAGGUUCUUCGUUAUUGUCGAUGGGCUAGACGAGCUCGACGUGCAUGAAAGAAACAUCGUGAUCCAGCAGCUAUCAGAUCUUCAAAAUGAAACAUUUGCAAUGCUACUUUGCAUUUCUCUUCGUGAGGAUCCAAACGAGAGCCCCCUCAAAACUAACUUCGCGCGACUUGCUGCGCCGGUUGUUACACCCAUUCCGAACAAUACACCUGACAUCGAGCAUUUCAUCGAGACAGAAUUGGAACAUCGUAUCGAAUCUGGACAGCUCACGAUUGGCAGUCCUCUUCUGAUCCUCGAAAUCCAAGACGCUCUCUUGAAAGGAUCACAAGGGAUGUUCCUUUGGGUAGCUCUCCAAAUUGAAUCUUUAUGCGCAAUGGAAAGUGAUGAAGAGAUUCGUCAAGCUCUUGCAGACCUACCGAAGGAUCUCUCAGAGACAUUUUCUCGCACUUUACGGUCAAAAUCCAAACAUACACGUCAAAAGGAGAUAUUGGCCAUUCUAACCGUGGCCCAAACCCCGCUCACUCUCCAGCAACUGCGCGAGGCGCUAUGUGUUGUGCCCGGUGAUUUGAACUGGAAUCCGGAUAGACUGCUCAACAAUAUGCACAACACUCUGGCUUCUUGUGGCAGUCUUGUCGCCGUUGAUGAGGAGGAGCUUACUAUACACCUUGUUCACCACAGUGUGAAACAGUUCCUCCUCGGUGAAUUCAAAGAUUCGACCGAAACCCUAGUCAACGUGGAUGACGCUCAUCAAUUGAUGGCAAGUAUCAUUCUCACCUACCUCAACUACGGCGUGUUUGAAACUCAAGUUUCAAAAAAUGUAAUACCGCAGCUGCGAACUGGCUCUGUACCUUCUGAGGUGAUUCUCUCAACACUCAAACCAUCAACUGGAGUCCGGAACAUGGCAAUCAAACUCCUCAGAUCCCGAAAAGGGGCUGGCUUUGAUAUUGGAAAAGUCAUCGCAGAGACGAAGCUCCAGAACCAUUCGACAGAGGAGCAGUUCUACUUCCACAAAUACGCCGUAUCAUUCUGGUUAUACCACGUCGUGCACGCCUUUAACCUCCCCGAAGUCAUACACAAGUUAUUACUCCGACUCCUGGAUCGAAGGUUAUCCUUGAGGCUCAAUAUCACUGACGAAGAAAUCAACAAAGUAUUAUCGUGGUCCGCGAAAAAGAAACAAUACGCAUCCUUGAUCAACAGCUUGCUCGAUCCCGAAAACAUGACAUCAACGGAACGGGACAUGUCACUUGAUGCACUGCAUAUCGCUGCGGGCGAAGGACACGGCGCAAUGAUUAAGGUCCUCUUAGAGCGCGCAAAGAUGUAUGACAUGAUGACGUUCGAGGGCUCCCACCCGCAGCGACUACAUCUAUCCGCUCAAAACAACAUUGAGACGUCACUUGAUCGUGACAAGGUCGAUGUCAGCUCGAGGGAUUCCCUGCGUUGGACACCCUUGCAUCGAGCAGCAAUGAACGGAGACACGUCGGCCGUGAUCUUUCUACUUACAGUCGUCAAUGCAAAUCCUAGGACGCCCGAUAUGAUGGGCCUCACCCCUUUGCAUCUGGCUAGUAUGAAUGGUCACUUUGAGGUUGUGAAGGCACUCCUUGAUCACGGAAAUGCGGACCCAAAUGCUAGUGAUAAAGAGGGUCGAACUCCCGGGGAUCUUGCUUUGGAAAAACUCGAUGAAGAAAGCAUUUCAAAAUUAGAUACCCGGCUUUUCGUUUCUUCGAGAGAAAUAAAUGAUGUUGACGCCGCCGAAGACAGACCUGUUAGUCCACUUGGUUGA